AUGGGUGGCAAGAAACGGAAGCGCGAGGAGCCCGACGAGGGCUCCGGGCAUGGGGAGGAGGAGGCAGCUGGCCAGCCGAAGACCGGCCCAGGCCGCGGGGCGACAUCCAAGCCCAGUGCUGUGCAGAUGCUCAAGCCCAAGUCCGGCAGGCUUACGACCUUGUCUGUUGCCCUGCCCGCCAGCAUUGUGGAAAACGCGCAAGGCGGCGAGUUGAAGGCAGUCCUUGUGGGACAGAUUGCCCGAGCCUUGACGAUUUACGGAGUCGACGAGGUGGUGAUCUUCGAGGAUCGCUCGGAUGCGGCGGCAAGUGAAGAGGACGGCGUGUCCAACAGCAUGGCCUUCUUCGUGCGGAACCUGCAGUAUCUGGAGACUCCCCAGUACUUGAGGAAGCAGCUGGUUCCGGUCCACAAGGACCUGAAGUGGGUUGGCUUGCUGGCGCCUUUGGAUGCCCCGCACCACCUCCGGAAGUAUGAGAACCUUGCCUACCGGGAAGGAGUAGUGCUCAAGAAGCAGAUGGAUCGCCCGCACACGGAUAGCGAGGAGGGCGAGCAGAAGGGUUGCUGGGUGAACUGCGGUUUGGCAGAUCCUGUUUGGGUGGCAGGCUCAGAGAUUGCCACUGACGUGCGAGUCACGGUGCGCUUGGAUGAGGAGCCCUCAGGCCGAGGCCGGGGAGGCCGCGGCAGUGGUCGCGGCCGUGGAGCCACAACGCGCCGAGGACGCGCGGUCGAUCCCCGAGAGCCUCGGGAGCGGCUGGGACUCUACUGGGGCUUCCAAACGAGGUUGGCGGGCAGCUUGAAAGCUGUCUUCGACGAAUGCCCAUGGGAGGGAGGCUACGACCUCUCCAUCGGCACCUCCGAGCGGGGUGAGUCCUUGGGGCUGGGGCGAUUGCCCAAAUUCAGGCAUUUGCUACUGGCCUUUGGUGGCCUGGGCGGAUUUGAAGAGGUACUAGCUGACGCAAAGAGUGGCUACAAGGCCGACACAGACCCGGCCUCUCUGUUCGGCCGAUAUGUCAAUGUAUGCCCACGUCAGAAGUCUCGGACAAUUCGCACAGAGGAGGCACUGCUGAUCGCUUUGGCAAUCCUGGAUCCGCUCGUCGAGAGCUAA